UUAGGUACAUCCACACAAGGUUCAAUCAUGGUUGUCCAACAAUCACAAACCCAGAACAUUGAUGCUAUGGCAAAGUUUUGUUCUAUGCUCCAACCUAUCCGUGACCUCACCAAGAACUGGGAUGUAGACAUUGCUGGUAAUCUGGAGGAUUACUUAGAGGAGCUGGAGCACAUCACAGUGGCCUUUGAUGGAGGACUUGUUACAAUGAACUUUGCUGAGGCAGCCAUGGUCAUUCAGGGUUCUGCCUGUGUUUACAGUAAAAAGGUGGAAUAUCUAUACACUUUGGUACACCAGGUCCUUGAUUUACUUGCCAAUAAAAAAAAACAAGCUAAAGUCUCCUCGAUUGAUGCAGAUGGAAAUGACGAGGAUGCAAAUUUUAAUGACGGCACCGAUGAGUUUCUUAGUCUGGAUGACAUCCAAGAACAUAACAACAUCUGGAUCAAGGAAGACAGCUACGGAUGUAAGUUUGUUGAGCCCAUGCCCCACAUGCCUCUCUGCCUGAUUCCUCUAGAAGAUGGGGAGAAAGGGGACAACCCACUCCUCAGUAAAACAGGUGAAGUCCUUGCCAGUAGGAAUGACUUCAGGAUGAACACGAGCUCUGUCCACCAAUCAGGGAUACUGCUGCUGGAUUUGUACCACUAUACUCUCAUAGACAAGUCAAUCAAUAUGGCUGCCUCAUCACUACAUAGUCAAGGGCAUCGGUCAGAUAUCCCACAGGAGACUGUUAUAGAACCACCAGUAUCUGAAGAUGUACCAAUGGCCAUGGAUGAUCCAUCUGGAGACGAUGACAAUGAAAAUGAACCAUUGAUUGAUGUACCUAAUGAUGAAGUGGAUGGAGCUCCUGCAGAAAGUGAUGUCCCUCCUUUGGAAACAGAAGCACCAGAUGUAGAACCUCAAGAGAUACGACGAUCAGAAAGACGUCCCAAGACAGUGCGAGUUGUACCACCUAAACCUAAUGUUGAUGCCUGGGAUCCAAUUGAUCAACAUGAAGCAGCAACACAAACAGAAAAAGCUUUUAAGAAAAGUAAAACCUUUAAAAUACCUGAAUGUGUACAGGAUGUCAAUUCAAAGAAAAGAAAGAGAAAAGCACCAUUGAAAAAACCAAAGCUUCAGCCCCUGUCCGAGUUUAUCACAGAAACAUUUUCACACAAAAGCAAGUUUCCAAAGAACCCAAGGAAAGUACCAGUUCUUGUUGAAUUUGAGCAGCAGUACUGGAUAGAAUACAAGAGGAGACAACGGCUUCUGAGAGAACAGAGAAAAUCUGUGAGCCGUGAGGUGUUGGAAGAGGACCAGGAGGAUGAGGAAGUCAACCAGAAUGACCAGCCUGACAACAUAGAUAUAGGGAUGGACAGGUUAGACGACGGUGAUGACAUAGACAAUGAUGCUCCGUUGGUAGAUGAAAAUCUAUUUAACGCUAUUGAAUCAGCCUUCUCAGAUCAGCCUGUUUUUCCAGCUUCACCCAGCCGGUCAGAAUCAGGAGCGUUUAAAAUCGGAGAAAUUGUUACUGAUUAUGAGGAGCUUGUUAGACAGCAUGUGGAGCAGUACAUGGCAAGUGCUCAGGAAUACGCCCAGAUAACAGAGCUGUCACAAAGAGUGGCUGAAUGGGAAGACAAGGUCAUACCCAAACUAGAAGAGGAGGAAACACACGAGCCUUUUGAUAUCAACAAGUAUGGGACCAAGGUUUUAGAUAAUCUGACUAAUGACAAGAUUGUUCCAUUUAAAUGUGUUGCUGCCGGCAAGCCAUCAUUCGAAAUAUGUAGAUUAUUUCUGUCAACUUUGAUGUUGGCAAACACAGAAAAUGUGAGAAUUGUGCAGAAGGGAAGUUUGGAAGAGGGAAUAGACAAAUUUGAAUUGAAACUUUUAUCUACUACUCGCAUGUUUGAACAACUAGAGGAAUACCAAGCACCAUCUCUAGCUUCUUGACCCUUGAGGAACUGUGACACUUUAUAAAGGUUAUCAAAGGCUGUGACAUUUUUAAAAGAUUUUAAGAGACCAUGUCAACUACUCAUUAACAGAAGUGUAAAAGCUUCAGAUAAAGGUUCAUAUUCUUAUGCAAUAAAUAUA